AUGAAAAAUAAGACCAUUGAAAAGAGAAGUGAAGUUUGCCAAAUACCAGAGAAUGUGUCCCUUGCUGAUAUUUUGUCACUGCGGGAUAGCUGUCUUACUGAGCAAGAUAUUUGGGCAAUUUGCCUGGAGUGUUGCCAUUCUUUGAAGAGCAUUGCCCAUUCUGCAAUCUUCCAGACACUCUGCAUCACUCCUGACACUUUGGCUUUUAACACCAAUGGCAAUGUAUGCUUCAUGGAACAGCUCAGUGAUGAUCCAGAAGGUGCCUUUGUUCCACCAGAAUUUGAUAUCACCGGUAACACUUUUGAGGCACACAUCUAUUCUUUGGGUGCAACACUGAAAGCAGCAAUAGAAUAUAUUGUAGAACCUGAGACAGAAUCAGAAUUUGGACAAGAUCUGCACACUCUGCUGGAACAAAUGCAAGAAGAGAAUCCUGAAAAUAGGCCGGAUAUUGAGAGCAUUUUGUCAUUAUGUGAGGAAAAAAUGAAGAUUGCUUCAUCAAGUAAUAUUUGUCGAAGCUUGUCUGCUGUUGGAAGAAGAGUUCUUUCAAUUGAAUCAUUCGGUGCUUCUCAAGAUGUCUGUGAUAACAUGUGGAAGGGAAGAAUGUGUCAGAGAAGUUUGGGAUCUAAAUUAUAUUCAAAUGAGAAAAGCAACAUUGUAGGUGAUUCGUCUGCAGUGGAAGAGGUGACGACUGCCUGUCAUAACAACUCUUCUGUAGUUACCAUGGUGACUGGCAGAGAAAGUCGUUUAAAGGAAAUGCAAAUUGAUCUGGAUAAUGAGAAAACUCAACAUUCUCAACUUGCAACUCAAACUGAAAAGAGCAAAGAAGAGGACAAACAUGCAGUGUAUACUGACAGUUUUGCUAGUGUUGCUUUGGACAUAAAAUCAUGUGUUAUUGACCUGGAGAGAGAUGGUCUUUUUAAGAAAGGUUCUUUGAGAAAAAUGAAAACCUUUCCAAAGCUACCGCUCGAACUUACAGAUACAAAUAACUUUUUUACUUCUGUAUCCAACAGUGGACCACUAGAUAGGAAAAAUCACUUUGUAACACAAGAGUCACUACCUCUAGACAAUAAUAAUGAGGUUGCUUUUUCAAAGGGAAAUCUCAAUUCAUUGGCUGUCAGUAGUCCACCAGAAACAGAAUCAAAGAAUCACCAAGUUGAUGAUCAUCAUUUAGAAGCGCCAUGUGUAUGCACACAAGUGUCUGGCUUGAAUCUAGACGGACAUAUGUCACUUAUCAAUGGUAAAAAGAUGAAUUUUUCUUCAUCUGGUCACAAAGAAGACUCUUCUGGUGCUACCUCUGAAGUGCUGAAACUAGGUGAUAUGCUAAAAGGCCCAAAUCAGUCAAUUGCUGGAGCAAAAAUGUUAGACAACUACAUGGUGUUGGAAGACUGUUCUGAAACUUUUCAGGGGUCAAAUGAAAAUUAUGUACCACAUUUUAACAAGAUGGAUUCAGUGUUAACAACAAAACCCAGUGGGACCAGACAUGGAUCAAACCUAAUUAGGCCACCAGAAUUAAGCAACGGUGUGAUGAGUGCAAAUAAUAAUGAAGAUAACCUUUGUGGAGGCAGAGGUUCAGAAAUCAAAAGUAAUGAGCAGUGGAUCUCUCUAAAACUCCUGUUGUCCUGGUAUGGUAGGCCUCUGAAAGACUAUGAGCUCUGGGCAUUAUGUCAUGAGUGUUUAUGUACUCUGCAGACUUGCGUAGAUCGUCCAGUGGUCUUAUGUUUGGACUCUGUGCUGAUUGACUGCCAUGGAAGGAUCCUCUUUGCUGCUCCAAAAGCUGAAGAAUCUUAUGAUGUAUUUUAUUUAGCUCCUGAAAUUGAAGAAGAGGAUGUGGAUACUGAGAAGGUCUGUGUUUAUGGUGUUGCUGCAGUUCUGUGGAUGGCUGCAAAAUACAGUGUUCCACUGAGUCACAAACUAGUAUUGCCAAGAAAAUUUAAAAAACUACUUCUGGAUAUGGCAAGAAAAAACCCUGAAGAAAGACCUUCUCUAACUGCUGCAAUUAAGGUUAUUAGAUUAAUUGUGUCUAAACAGAAUUUGAACAAAGAAAAUGCUAAUAACACCAGUUUGGGCUUCAAUGUUUAUUUUUAGGCUAUUGAGGAAGAAGUUUUGUCUCAAGAUCACGUUGCUUUUGAAUUUAAAAAUGAGAAACAUGAAAUGGAUCCUUCAACAUCAAGUCUAGGAUUUGUGCCUUGUACCAGUGACAGUAAACUUGUAGCAGUUAAAGGACCAGUACCGUGCCAGAUUUCAUUAAAUUGUGAGAAAGCAACAUUCCCUGUUGCAUUCACCUCUCCUGCAACUCACUUUAAGCCUAUUAUAUUGCAACAAGAUGCAAAUAUAACAAAAGAGGUUCACACACCAGUUUCUGACCAGUUCAAGAAAGAGACAAGGAAAGAAAAGCAUAUGAGCCACAACAAAUCAGGAUAUAUAGAGAACUCUGAAAGCUGUGGUAUUGAUGAUACAGGUGUUGUUGAAACUGCACCUGAAACACCUGAGUGUGAUUUACAAGUUCCAAGCCACUCAUCCCAGAUGUCUUCAGAAGAGCAAAACUCAGGCAAUACAUUCACUUCUACAGUUAGGGUACCAUCACCAUCUGAUUCCUCACAUGUUCUACAAGAGAAGAGUAUUUUAUCUGACAAUCCCUCCAGCUCUUCAGCUUGUCCUACAUCUCCUAAUUUUCUUCAUAUAAAUAACAUCAUUCUCAAACAGAACUCAGAGAAAAGAGUUCUGACAUUUGUACCAGUACAUUUGGCCGUAUCAGAGCAAAUACCAAAUAAGCCUCUUCGCUCAAGAAUUGCUUAUGAUUGCUAUCACAGUUUGCCAGUGCUACUUUCAAAUACUAUUGCAAGUUAUAAAAUGAGCAUGCAAGCAGAAAAUGAUGCCUCCCUUUGCAGUGUGCAAAGUCAUGAGACUACUAAUACAGAGAACCAGUUUGAUGAAAGUAGCUCAGUUAUUCAAACCAGCUGCCAAGAAACUGAGUGUGCUACCAGCACAGACAGUUUUUUCACUGAACAAGAACACACACCAUGUACUUCAGUGGAUAAAGACAGUUAUAAUUUCUUUGAUGAUAAAGCCCUGCCCCAUCAGAGCACACCAAGUGACACUUUACUACAGGAAGUGAUUCAUCUUAUACAAGAGGAGUUUGCAUUUGAUGGUUAUUUAGAGAAUGGAACAGAAGUUUUUGAUAUGGGUAACUUCAUUUUAAACUUAAAGGAAAUAAAGUUUGGUAUGUUCUCUGAUAGAAUUUGUGAGAAAUUUUGUGACCUCUACUGGGAUGAAAAAUUACUGGAGAAUCUCUAUCAGGCAGUAAAUGGAGGAAGACCUUCACAUUUAUGCAUAACUGAGGCAGAUGAAGCAAAAUGCAACAAUAUAUUCCAAGAUGUGAAGAAAUCUGAAAGCUUUCUGACAAGCAGUGAUCAGACAGAGGGAAAAGGGGAAGCAAACUUUGAUGUGAAGGCUGAGUCGAUAAAAACAUCAUUAGUUGACAUGGAUUUUGAUGGGUCACCUUUGGAUAAUAUCAAAAAAGAAUUGGCUCUGCAGAGUACAAUCCCCAUAGCGAAAGAGCAACAAUAUUUGCAAAGCAAUGGCUGUGCUCCAGGCUUUGCAGAAGAAAGUACAAAUUCAGAGGAACAAGACAUGAUAAAGAUAGCUGGAAACAGCUACCUGACAUCUCCCAAUCUACCUGACUUUUGUGGCUGCAGUCCUGGUUGGAGCAGUGCAUUUUAUGGAGCUGAAUGUUUUGAUUCAGAAGUUCAUAGUUACUUGAAAAACCUUGGAAAGCAGAAAUCAAGUGAGUCACAAAAUAUAGAUGCUAAAAAAGUGGAACUAGAACAAUUGCUAAUGAUUGAGACGAAAAAUUACAGAAAGACCAUAAAGUUUUACCAGAAACUAUUGCAGAAAGAAAGAAGAAGCAAAGGUCCUGAAACUAAAUCUAUGUUGCCCAAACUGAGAGGCCAGCUACAAGAGAUGAAAUCAAAAGUGCAGUUUCUUGAACUGGUAAAGAAAUAUGUACAGAUGAUGUAUGCAGAGCAGUGGGGUGUGGAAUCCUAUGUGCUGCCUACAGUCAUUCACAGUGGGAAGGCUGACACCAUGGACAUGGCACCUGUGGAUGAAUCAUCAUUGCUCCUUUACUACAACACAGAGAAACACCAGUGUAACAAUCAAAAUGGAGGGAGAGUUCUGCAAGCUGGUACACCCCUUGGUUUAAUGGCUUAUUUAUAUUCUAGAAAUGCCUUUUUAGAAGGUUAUGUGCAGCAGUUUCUUUACACAUUCCGCUAUUUCUGCACACAAGAAGAAUUUUUGAAGUUUCUUCUUGAUAGAAUCAGCAACACUUUAUCCAGUGCAAGCCUGGAUCCUUCCACAUCCCUUACCAAAAUAUGUAACCGCAGUUUCUACAUCCUGCAGGCAUGGAUUGAAGACUGUUACAGUGUAGAUUUUGCAACAAAUACUGAUCUUCUGGGUACCCUAAAAGAAUUUAUUUCUUCCAAGGUUGCUUCAUUAAAUGGCUACGGGGAGCGUUUGUUGUCACUGCUCGAGGACGCCUCUGCCAGGAAAAGUGGCAGUGCUGAUCUUUCCUCUGGUGUGGAAAAAUGUGAAGAGGAAAGUCAGGAGGGCAGAAAAACAUUACAUUCCCUGUGUAAAAAGCUCUCAGAAGAUGUUUCCAGAAAGAACUUCUACUGGAAACUGUCCAAAGGUGUGGGACCAAUUGCACAACAUCAGAGAGAGCGGCUGCACUCAGGCUCAGCAGUUUUGCCAAAGCCCUGCUGUAGCAGUUUCACAGCAGAAUCCUCGGUCUCCUUAGCUAGAGCUGAUGAAGUGGGACCAGUUCUCUUGAUUGAGUGCAGUGCCCAACAGCUUUGUUGGCAGCUGACACUACUGCAACAGGAAGUAUUUAAUAAAUGUCAUCCAGUACACUUCCUAAAUUCCAGAGCGCUUGGUGUUAAAGACAAAUGUGUUGCUGUGCCAAAGGCAGUUUCUGCUGAGACAGUUUCACUUAAAGUCUGUAAUCUAUUUCUGUCGAAGUGCAUACAAGACCGGUAUCUUCUGCAAUUAUUAAAAAAUGCAGACAGUAUCAGCACCUGGGUUGCUGCUGAAAUUGUAACGUGUCACACAGCUAAGAGGCAGGUGAGCUUGUUAUCAAAAUUUCUUCUUAUAGCAAAAUGCUGCUAUGAACAAAGGAAUUUUGCUACUGCAAUGCAAAUCCUAGCAGGCUUGGAAAAUCUUAUUGUACGACAGUUGCCAGCCUGGAAAAUUCUACCUGCAAAAGUAGCUGAGAUAAUGGAGGAACUCAAGGCUGUUGAGGUGUUUUUAAAAAGUGACAGCUUAUGUCUGAUGGAAGGAGACAGAUUCAAAACUCUUCCAACAAUUCCAUCAGCCCAUGUUUUGGCUAUGCAUGUCCAACAGCUUGAAACUGGAGGAUUCACAAUGACAAAUGGAGCUCACAAGUGGACUAAACUUAGAAACAUUGCAAAAGUUGUGAGCCAAGUUCAUGCCUUUCAAGAGAAUCCUUAUACCUAUGCACCAGAUUUCAAGCUGCAGUCUUACCUCAGACAAAGAGUAACUCGUUUUAAAGAUGCAGACAUUUCUGCCUUGGCAGCUGACAACUGUGCCAACUUCCAUCAGAUACCAGCAGAAAAACAUUCUCGAAAAAUUCAGGACACACUACGCAGGAUGAAAGCAACAUUUCAGUAAUUAUUUAUGUUUCAGCUGUUCUAUUCUGGGUCUAGACUGUAAAACUGGAUUAAGCUGACUCCAUCUACUGGACCUAUUUCCAAGCAAAUAGAAGCAACAUAAGAUACUGUCUCAAGUUGAAUUAUUAUAUUUCUUAACAUGGAAUUAUAAAAUGCUGACUAAUGGGAUUUGAAUCACUGGCAACUGGGUGGCAGAUCAAAAGAAGAAAAAGAGAGAGAAAAUUAGAGUAUAGAUGAAAAGGCUUAUUAAUUUUGUUACUCUUCUUUAGCAUAAAUAAUUAAUUAGCCUGAAAACCAAUAUCUGAAAAACACUGUGGAAGAGAAGUUAAACUUCCAGCUUCUGUUGCCAAGCUGGCCUAGGAGAGUUCAAAACCUAGUUCAUUAAAUGUUGAAUUUAUUUUUAUAUAAACACAGUACACUUAUAUCCUGUUACAUUGUGCAUAUAAUUCAGAAACAUAGAUCCUCUGCUAUUCAUUGACUGUUGGUGUGUCCUGCUUUCAUGUUGUAUAUUAUGAAAACUGUAACUGACAUAAAUAAUUGGCUGUCUGUUUCUCCUAACAAGGAAGGAGAGGAAUGCUAUCCUUCAACUUUUUUUUUUAGUUUGAUUUUAAAGUCAUCAGACUAACCUGUGUUCCAAAUGAAAGUAAGAUCUGAAUGUAAGUAUUACCAAUUCAUUGCCCUGCUUCUGCACUCCCAGCAUUGUGAAGACAGUAAAUGUGAAAUUGCUUUUUUUAUCUGUAUUUGGCACAAGAGUCACUUUGCCAAUUUAUGUCUAUCUGUAUGUGUGCACAUUUGAGUAUGGCUUUUGCUCCUGAGGCUGUUUUUGUAGAUCACAGUGCUCCUGCAGCAUCCAAUAGAAGAUAACCAUGUGAAAUUUGGAUCUGCAACUUGUAAAACUGUGGUGCUAGCCUGUUCAUAGAGCUUAUAUUUACAAGACCUUCUAAAUGGCCAUGAAAUGUGUUGCUAUUGCUAGAAAAUGUAUUGAGCUACUCAGGUUUAUGCAAGGCCAGAAUGUUAAGGAUACAAAUGAGUUAAAAAUGCAAGUAUUUCUACCAGAGGGAGCAAUGGUAGUGUUGAAGGAGAUGCAGGGUAGGGCAAGAAACAUUUAAGCACUGUUCUGAAAUUAUUUGCUUAUAACUAAAAAAAAAUAAUAAGAAAAUUUUCUGAGAGAAGUGAAGGGCAGAUGUGAACUAAGUAUCUCAUCAAGUGUUAGUGAUGGAGAAGGAUAAAGAUGUAUGAAAUGGAAGUGUGUACAUGUCUGGUGUUUUGCAGUGGUACUGUUGUGUUUGACAGAAAUGCAUGUGCACAUGCUGAACUGUAGCUUUCUCAGUGUAUAAGAGGAAGGCUUCUCCUUUUCUCUUGUCAGUAACAGCAAUAUUACAUCUCAACCCUCUCUCAUCUUCCUCAGUAAAAACAAGGUGUGUCCAUACUUUCCUUUAAAUACUCAGUUACUUUUUCCUACUAAUACAGUACUGCUAACUUUUGGCUCUUAUUGGUUUAAACACUGAAGAGCUCAGUCCUCAACAGGGUUUGCUUGCUUUUUUACUACUUCUAAUAUGAUUUAUUUUAUUUACCAUAUGUAGGUUUAACAUGUCAUUAAUCAUAGUAUUCUGACUUACCCUUAGGAAAGUAAAUAAAGUUGCUAUUUCUCUAAGAAUUGACAAAUGUGAAAACAUGUAAUAUUUACCCCUUCUGUCUUUAUGAUUUAAGAAUGUUAAUGAUAGCGUUAUCUUCAGACAUACAUUUCAUGUAUUUUAUCUGUACGCAUUUAUUUUAAAUAAUUGGUUUUGUUAGUAGUUAUUUGGGGUUUUGUCAAUUAAAAAUUACCAUUCACUUACACCCACACCUUAUCUUUGAACGACAGUAAAAUUUGAAGUAGCAUUAAAUUUUACUAAUGUAAAGUAAUCCACAAGAAUUGCUAACCACAUGAUCUUAAUAAAUCCAUUUUAUACAGUUACCUAUCAGACUUUGGAAAUUGCUUUUGCGAACUUUCUUAUCAUUUGUAUUUUGCACUCAUGAGAAUUAGCUCAUGUAUUUCUUAGUUCUGUGUUGUUGCAUCUAGAAAAUAUUGCUUAUUCUUUGAUGAUAACUGGUGCUAUACAAGAUUUUAAAAAUCAGCUCAUGUCUUCUGUAAGUGCUUCAGUGUACCAAACCUUAUAUUGGUAUUAAUUCAUAGUAUUGAGUUAUGGUACUACUUUGGGGUGUUUCCAUCAAUUAGACAUUUCAGAUUUUGUGUUUAGGCACCGCCCCACAACAACAACAGCAACAAAUGUUAACAGCUAAUGAAAAAGAAAAUCCACUCCUUCACAAGGAAACUGGUUUGGUUUUGUCCAUUAACACUGAGGUAUGUGUAUCUUAUAUGACACAGAUUUCAGAAGAAAGUUACAUCUAGCAUAUAACUGUGCUGCUUAUUUAUGACUUACAAGCAGUAAGGGUUGAGCUAAAGUUUUCUCUCUUUGUGGGGAAUGUCCUUUAAUAAAAAAGAAGGGACAGAAGAUAUCAAAGAAAUAUGUUCAUUUUUAUGAAUGUUGGCAGAAUACUAUUGGCAUCAGUAAUUGUACUGCAUAAGUGAGGGUCUUUGCAGUCUGGCCCUGUGCUUCUGUUUCAAUACCAAACUAGAAUUUUUUGGGGAAAAAAACAUGAGCUUGUUCUUUAAGUCACAAUUGCUACCAGCUGUCCUAGCUCUUCCUCAUUUUUUCCACAUUCCCCUCAUCUUGCUUUUGUUUGUUUGUUUUUCAAGCAGUGACCCAUAGACUUCUGAAAUGAAGUCUGUUCCUUGGGAGACUUUCCAGGUGCUUUGCGUAUUGGUGCCCUCAGCAGAUGUUUGCUCCCAGGAUCCCUGGGGUUUUCACUCCUGUUAGGAGAGAGCUGGGAAGCGUGUCCUUCCUUCUUCCACCAGCUCCGUUAGCGAUCAGGUUCCCAGCUCCAACACCUCCAGAAGCCUGGAAACAGGGAUGGGGUUCAAUUCAUCCUAUGAACCACUCUGUAGAAUCCCAAACCAAGGAGCUGGGACAUAAUUAAUGAAUCAACACUGGUUCAUGAUUCUGACAAAUUCCUUUCCUUUGAAAAUUUUCAACCACUUCUAGACUUUGCUUUGUGUAUUGGAUUGUUUUCAUAAGCAUUGCUGAGACUCAUCAUUUCUGUGAGUAGUCAAUGUGAUUUGCAAAGGAUUAAAACUUGAGGAAAGUUUGUAAAUUAAAGAAAUAUAUAAACUACAGUUGGAAAGGGGUGGAAGCCAUCAGUUUUUUCAGUGUUAAAUAUGCAGCUGAUUGUUUCAAUCUUUGAUAUCAUAAUGGUGGAAAGAGUGCAGAUAAAUUAAUUUUCUCCCUCAUACUUGCUUAAAUACCAUCCAAAGCAUAACCUUCUUUAAAUUUCAAGUGUUCUGUUUAGAGCUAGCUUUUUCUUUUUUCAGAAAGUCUUUUUUUUCCUCAAAAUACGCUUUAUAAAUAAUGAGUUUUAAAUGUAUGCUGAGCUUUGACAGACCCUCAAAGCACUGGAAAUACAGGUUUGAAAAAUAUUUGAAAACUAAAGUCCUGUGAAUCAAACUUAGUUGAUGAGUCAUCUUUGGCAUUUGACUGGUUAGGAGAUUCUUCACCUAUGAAAGUUUUUUUCCUUAAGUUACUAUAGGUAAAAGACACUGCCCUCACUACAGUUUGGACUAUAAAGGUGUUUUGGGGGAUUUUUUCCCCCCAAGGGAACUUGUAAUUUUUAUGUACCAAUAAAUUACUAAUUUGUGAUGGAAUAUUCCAUUGGAGAAUUUUAAGGUUCAUAUUCUGAUAGCCCUGUAAAAUACAUGUGAGAAUGAACAAUUUUACCUGUUGAAUUCCUGUUUGAAAAUUCCUGCAGCAACCAAGUCUGAAGAAACUUUUAAUGUGGCUGUUUUUGAUCUAUCAAUGAAUGACAACAACUGUGCAAUUAGAUGCUUAUUUGCUGUCAUAUGUGAUAAAAUUCAUAAACAGUAACAGUAGUAAAUUAUUCACCUAAAUAGCAAAAUUCCAGGAUAAUAAUCUGCACAGUCAUAGAUUAGGAUUACAGGGUUUUCUGGGGAAAAGGGAAAAUAAAAUCACUUCUUCUGGGGAAAGAAGUGUCUUGAUAUCUCUUCAAGAUAGCUCAUGGUUCUCAUUCUCUUGAUGGAAGGAACUGAAAGGGCAAAGGACUUGAAAAUAAAAGAUGGAAAAGAACAGAUGACUCCUGAGGUGAGAGUACAGAUCCACAGAUAUGAGCAAACUAGCUUUUCUCCAUGAAGGUAAACUGCAGGUCAAAGAUUGGAUAAUUGUGUUAAAGACCAUUGUUGGGAACACAAAAUCUCCCAAAUAAGUUUAUUUAAAUAAAAGGUAAUGGACUGAAACCUGGAGAAAGAUGUGGAGAACUUAACAGAGUAACAAACAACUAAGUUUUGAUGUUUGAUCAACUAAGCUGAUGAAAUAUUUAAUACCCUGGGCUGCAUCUAAAACUUGUGAGGAUGAUGUAUUUUGAAAUGUCACCAGUAGUCUUUCAUUCGUUGUUUCUCCAGACUGGAGGAUGUAUUGAAGUACACUGUGCUCACAUCCCAACUCAUGCCACCUUCUUAUCCCUCUGAUGACAGCCAGGACAUGACUUGCUCUGAGCCCAGCGUGAGCACGCUUCAGAUACAGCUUUGUGUAUAUAAGCUAGUGCUGGAACCAUAGGGAAUAAUCUUACUGUUUAAGAUUUUACAGUGUUGAAUACAUAAACUGUUGAAUAUCUGCAUGUGGAAAGCAAUCAAUGAGACAACAGAGUUCAUGAUUCAAAGGAAAGAAAGAGAUGAAAGAAGCAGAAUAGUAACACUAGGCUUCAAAAAAGCAAACUUCAACAAACUCAAGGAAUUGGUGCAUGAGGUCCUGGGGAAGGAAUUAAAACACAAAGAAAAAUUCAAGAGAGCUGAAAGUUUCUAAGAAGAGUUUCUAAGGUCAUAUUUUAACAGUCUAUCCACAUGCAAAGGAAAGAAAACUCAGAGAGCACUUUGGCUGCAUUAGGGGCUCAUGAAUUACCUGAAAAAAAAUAAAAAAAGAAUACUGGAAAAAAAAAAAUAAGACAUCUACAUUACCAUGAACAAAUACAAAAGAACAGCGCAGCAGGUUAGGAACAAAACUGGACAGACAAAAAAAAUCUGUCAGCAAGGGAAAAGCAAAACAAUAAAAAUGGAUUUUUAAGUAUUUUUCUGUUAUACAAUAAGAGCUCUCUGGUUACCAGAAGAGGUAUCAGAUGGUGCAAAAGCCUGGAGUGCUUUCUGUUCCACUGCCUCCCCUCUAAACAAUGCAUGUCAUGAUCAAAGUUAACCAUGAAUGCAGGUCAGAAGACAUCAAACUAAUUAGAGGUAUCAUAGCAUUAACUUCUGAUUAAUUCUGUUCUAUGAUAAUGAGGAAAACUGAAGUAAUAUUGGAAUUACUGUAUUUUUGAUGGAGGAAGAAUGAGUGAGUUCCCAGAAAAUAACAGUAGUUUUUAAAAAUGGGUAAAUCCACAGGAAUGAGUGGAAACACAAAGUAAAGAGAAUGACAGAGAAUCAGCCAGGAAAGUUUUGGCACUAGAAGAGUUACUGGAAAAGCUGUCCGAAAGUUGGCAAGCAUAGAGACUAAUUUAAAAGGCUGACAUGUUUUUGUCCAUUAAGUAAUUUUUACAUGACCUAAUGGAAACUGUCCCAAGAGAUAAAAACUGCAUGUUGUAUGUUGAAGUCAAUAAAUGCCUUGGCAAUAGA